AUGGAGGCCGCGGUGGCGGCACUGGAGGCGGCCGCGGAGAAGACCGCCAGAGCGGCGUCGGCCGCGAAAGAGGCUGCCGUGGCGGCCUCGGCUGCUGCGACGGAGGCUGCAGGGGCGGCCACGGUUGCGAAGGAGGCCGCGAUGGCGGCCUUGGAUACCGCUGAGCAGGCGGCGGCGGCAUCGUCGGCAGCGAAAGAGGCUGCGGUGGCGGCGGAGGCUGCUGCAGCGGCGACCGCGAGGGAGCUGGCAGCGGCGAUGCGCUGUUCUAAGAAGCGUAGAUUCCAUCAGAUCGACGACGGAGGGAGUCGGAGCAGCCGCGAUGACAGGGGAAACCUCGAUCUCAUCAGCGCCCUCCCUGACGACGUUCUCGGCAGCAUCAUCUCCCGCCUCCCCACCAACGAUGGCGCCCGCACGCAGGCCAUCUCUCGCCGGUGGCUUCCCCUCUGGCGCUCCGCGCCACUUAAUCUUGCGGAUGAUUUUAUGGGCUCGGCCUUGGUCUCGAAGAUCCUCUCUGAGCACCGUGGCCCUGCCCGCCGCCUAUCGCUCAAGUUGCUCUGCCCAAUCGAGGUGAUUGACGGUUGGCUUCACUCUCAAGCCCUGGACAGCCUAGAGGAGCUCGAUCUCGCCGACAUCAGGGACAUACCGCUGUCCGUGUUCCGUUUCGCUCCCACGCUCCGCUUUGCCAGAUUCAGCCGUUGCGGUUUGCCCAAUUCAAUUUCAUCGCUGCGUCUGAAUUUCCCGUGCCUCAAGCAGCUCACCCUGUCCGGGAUCUCCAUUAUAAAGGAUGCUCUCCACAACUUGCUCUCUGGCUGCACUGCCUUGGAAAGCCUUGAGCUGACGUAUAUUUAUGGCAUAGGAGCCAUCUGCAUCAGCUCCCAAACUCUUAGGAGCUUAGCCUUCAACCGUUGCGGGUCGAAAACUUUGCAGCUAGUAAUCAAGGACGCCCCUUCUCUAGAAAGAUUGCUACCGCUAUAUCUAGACUGGGGUACAUUGACCAUCGAGGUAAUCCGAGCACCCAAACUGGAGGUAUUGAGUUUGCUAUCUGAAGGCUUAUCCAAAUUCCAGUUUGGAACAACGAUUUUUAAGAAAAUGAUUGCUGUCAGCUUAACAACCAAAAUUCACACCAUGAAGGUUCUGGUUCUCGACUCUAUUGGGCCUAAUCUGGAUGCCGUUGUUGACUUCCUCAAGUGCUUCCCCUGCUUGGUGAGGCUGUAUAUCAUUUCACACCCAACAAAGGAUAUGAAUAAUGCAAGGAAGUAUGACCGGUUGGAUCCAAUUGAGUGCCUUGAGCUCCAUCUAAAGAAAGUGGUGUUAAUGAAUUACGAUGGCAGCAAGAGGCCAUCUGUUGAAUUUGCCAAGUUCUUUGUUCUGAAUAGUAAGUUGCUAAAAGAGAUGGAAAUCGAAGUUCUUAACAACCGAAACGACAAAUGGAUGGCUAAUCAACGCAAGCAGCUAUGUGUGGAUAAUAGAGCUUCUCGAGAUGCUCGAAUUGAACUGAAAAUCGGUACUAAGAAAUCCGACUUACGCAGGAUGGAUACCCAUGAUUUGUCAAUGUCUGAUCCCUUUGAAAGCGGAGCCUUUUGUUGAUACUACAAGUUUAGUUGAUGUCCAUCCCUAAGAUUGUGUUGUUUUGUUGAAAGCACAAUUUUUGUAUGUCUGUAAUCUAAUGCUGUCCACCCUUCAGUUGCUCUAUGAUAUACUGUAUGAUGUAUGGCCAACUCAAGAAUAAACCAGGAUUGAGGAGGUGGUGUAACAAGUAUCUAAGCUCAGACUUCAAAUUGAAAGCUGGAAAGUUGAAGCUGCUAACAGAAUGCUAGUUUAAUCUGCUAAGUUAAGUUGGUAUUGUUUGCUCUGUUCAUGUUUGGGUGUUGUACUGUAAGCUGAUAAUAUCAGAAGCUACUAUAUCUCUAUUCUGAACACUUGCUUUAAUGAAAAAGGAUGGUAUUUAUGCCUCUUGUCUAAAA